GCAGGCAGCCAAAGUGGGUCAGUAUUACCUGGUAGCCUUGGCAUCCUGAUCCCAACCCGAUAUCCCUGCAUUCAUCGACGGAUCGACUCCCACCUUCCGACCUCCACUGCCGCCCGCUGCCGCCAAUGCGCGGACGAGCUCCGAGCUCCCUACAACCCAAACAUGAACACGCUCUGGUCAUCGCGCGACCCGGUCGAUGGCGCCGGGCCAGGCGAGAUGCCGGCCGAGACCCAAACCAAAGAGCCGCCAGCAACUGCAACGCCCGCCCAAACAACAAUAAAUCCAAGCCCAGAAACCCAGGCGCCACCACCAAAGCGCCCGCCCCUUCAACGGAACCAACUCUCUGCCCCGCCGCCGCCUCCUCCAGCCGACCCGGCGCCUCCGAUUCCCCAGCAGGGUGACACCACCACCGCCGACGCUAACGACAUUAAUACCAACCACCAUGCUAACCCGACCACCUCCACCAAUAACCCAGGCCCAUCGCCCCAACAAGGGCAACCACAGCAUCAACAACCACACCACCAGCAGGGGAGCCAAAGCCAACCGCAACCCCAAGACUCGCUCUCGCUAGCCCAGCUCCGCCGCAUCGUCGCCGACCUCCCGCGCGUCGCCGAGCCCGUGGCCUACGACUACGUCUACGCCGACACGUCCCCGCUGCCCGAGGAAAUCGACGAGUGGUUCAUGUACAACUUUUGGCAGUGGGUGCGUCUCAACGCCGCGAAUCGCGCGUUCCACUCGGCCUGGGCCAGGUUGUUUCACCCUUCCACGGCCGCUGCCGAUGCUGCUGGUAAUGGUAACUUGGGGGAUGGGGUGAACUGGGAUGAUGAAGGCGAGGAGGCGGCUGAAAGGAGGAGGGUGUUUGUUGGGCGGGUGCUGGAGGGGACCAAGAGCGGGGAUCGCAUUGCGAGGGCCGAGGCGGUUGGCGCUCUGGUAUAUCUGGUUCUUGGGCGCUGGACUGAGACGGUACAGGCUGCUGGAGUGCUGAGGAGGGAUGUGCUGGAGGGCAAGGCAAGGUCUGCUGCUACGGAAGAGCAGUUGGAGGCCAUGAAGGAGGGGGUAAAGGUUGUGGCAGAGUGCGGGGGGCUUGAGGUGGUGUGGGGAGUGUUGAGGGCAGGGUUCGAGGCGUUCUGGUCCGACGAGAUGCCGCAGAACUUGCAGAUGGCGGCUGAGGAGCUGAUUCACUUGAUGACUGUCAUGUAUAUGGCCAUCCAAGAAGCACUCGGCGACCCCGAAGGAAUGGCGGAUGUCCGGCAACGGUUGUUGGCCCUCGACCCUGGCCUCCUGAGCUUCCUGCUUCAGGCCAUCGUCAAGCUGCGCUGGGAUGAGACGGGCAUCCUUCCUCACACUCAGAUAUUCCUCCUUUUCUGGAAGUCCAUCUUACUGGUUUUUGGCGGCUCCAAGGAGAUUGCCGAGACCAAGGAGGCCACCAGUGAGAUGAAGGGCUGCGACGACAAAGACGCCAUCACGGCGUCUCCACUCGACUACCAUGUGUUCCGUCAGGAAAUCACUUCGAAAUACCCUGCCUACAUCCCACCACAACCGCUUUUGCCUUUGGAGGCAGAUCAGAAUACCAUAAUUCCACAAUUGCCCAACCACCCGACGAGAAGCAGCAGCGCGAGCGGAACCCACCUAGGGCCGUCUGCCCAGGGCGGAGGAGCGUCCAUUCUUCACCAGCCUGUCCAUAUCGCCACUCCCGCCCCCUCGCCACCUCCCAGCCCAGGGGUUGGCGGUAAAGGCGGCAAGAAGCAGAACUACCAGACGAAUCAGAAUUUCCCCUUUAUGUACCCUCCUCUCGAUGCCACGAGCAACAGCGCCGGGGGCAAGGGCGGAGCCGGGCUACAGGACCUGCUAGUCGGCAGGAAGUGGGAGGGUAGCGACGUGCCAGCCUCCAUUCUCGAGGCCGGCGAGCUUUUCUCCAAGCGAGUGCGCAUGAGCCGCGCGACACGCCAGCUAUGGGAUGAGCGAGAGGAGUUUCUCAAGUUUGAACGCGGCUAUGAGGCGGACGAGGACAUCAUCGACGAGCUUGAUCUGUCGUCGUUGACUCUCGAGGAGAAGGAGGAGCUGGGAUUGAACAAACCCACUGACGGCAGGUCACGGAAACCGUCGGUUCCAAUUGCAGACUACGGGCCAAGGGGGGUAGAUUGGCACAUAAAGGAACGGCUAGACGCUGUGGAGGAAUUCUAUAGAGAAGCACUUCCACACCUUCAGUCUAUAGUUAUCGUACUCCUCAGGCAAAUUGUGGCUAUGACCAGUAAUUUGCCUACGCCUGCAAUGGCACAAGGGCCGCCCAGCGCACGCCCGGCCGGUGGGCAGCAGAACCCACCGAACGGCGUCCCGAAGGGAGACCCCUCCUCGCCAUUAGAUGCAGACGUGGAUGAGCUGCGGAGCAGAGAGAUCGCCGCCAAGGCUGUCAGUGGCUCCUUGAUUCUGCUGCUCAAGUGGUUCAAGCUCUCGCACGUCCUCAAAUUCGAGUACAUGACACAGUUGCUGCUGGAUAAUAGUUUUCUUGCAAUGGCACUGAAAAUCUUUGGACUAUACGAUGUUCAGCAGGUCGUCGAGAGCAAAACUGACCGGCUUGAGCACAGCUUCUUCUACUUUUGCGGCUCCCGCGCAGGCGUCAUCCCCUCUCAGCAUACAGUCCCCAACCCAACAGCAACCGAAUUCGAAGAUGUCAGCGAGGACGACGCCGCCCCACCGCCCAUCAAACGGCAGCGCUCACCAACCAACCCAUCACCCUCCGAACACGAUGGCCUCUCGGCCUCCCAGCCUGCCGAUUCCUCAACCACAGCAGCAAACCCAGCAACAACCGAUCAUCCCCCCACCCGUCCCGAGGUAGACGAACUGGGCUACCCAAUCAACCCCCUCCCGGCGGAGCCCAUAACGGACUUGUCCCGGCGCAACUUCUUCUCCCUCAUCAACUACCUCCGCAUCAUGCAGAAGAUCUGCAAGCACCGCGCCCACCGCAAUCUGCUCAUGGUCAACUACAAGUCGGCCGCGAUCUUGCGCAAGGCGCUCAAGGUGCCGCAGCACGAGCUGCGCCUCUACACGCUCAAGCUCUUCAAGAACCAGGUGCCCUACACGGGCCGCAAGUGGCGCCAGUCCAACAUGCGCGUCAUCACGGCCGUCUACCUGCACUGCCGCCCGGAGCUGAGGGACGAGUGGCUCGUGGGCGCCAACGUCGAGGACCAGGUGGACGAGGCGCUGCCCAUGGAGCAGGCCCUGCGCAGCCUGACGCACUGGUUUAACCUGAGGCGGUACCCCGACCAGAUGGCUGCCUCUUCGGGUGGUGAGGGGCAGGAGAUGGUGAGGAUGGCGAUGAGAGAGGAGCAGGACUUCUUUUUGAGGGAAUUGGACAAGGUGGAUUGGAGCUGGUUCGGGGAGGGUGGUGAGGACGAGGGAAGUGGUGGUGAUGCUGGCACUGGUGGUGUGGGAGAGGGGUGGCAGCAGGCUGGGUGGUGAUAAUGUAUGGAAUCUGAG